AUGGCUCCCGCCGUCGACACCGCCGCGCUCAUCAAGAAGCUGUCUGCGCCCCCGCCGCCCGGCUCUCCCUAUGGCCUCCCCAUCCCGGGCUCCGAGAAGGAGGGUCGUUCCGCCAUCUACCGUCACUGGCGCGCUCGCGACGGUCCUUUGAUGACCACCCUCGACCCCAACAUCCAGACCAUGCACGACACCUUUGAGGCUGCCGCUCAAAAGUACCCCAACUGGCGCUGCCUCGGCCACCGUGCCUGGGACCCGGCGACGCGCGACUGGGAGAACAAGUACACCUGGAUCUCCUACAGUGAGGUCGCUGAGCGCCGCAAGAACUUUGGCGCUGGUCUCGUUGAGGUCCACCGCGAGCUCGGUGAGACUCGAGAGAAGUACGGUGUCGGCCUGUGGUCGCCGAACCGCCCCGAGUGGCACAUCACCGAUCUCGCUGCUGCCUCGCAGUCUCUAUACACCGUGUCUCUCUAUGAGACCCUGGGUCCCGAGACCACCGAGUACAUCAUCAACCACGCCGAGCUGACCACCGUCGCCACCUCGUUGCCGCACAUUGCCACCCUCCUGAAGCUCGCCCCGAGACUGCCCACCCUCAAGGCCCUCAUCUCGCUCGAUGCCCUCGAUGCCGGUGAACAGGCCGGCCACUCCAAGCUUUCCGUCCUAACCGACAUUGCUGCCAACCUUGGCAUCAAGAUCUACUCCAUGGCCGAUGUCGAGGCCAUUGGUCUCCGCUCUGGCCGCCCCAUGCACCCCCCUCGCCCCGAGGAUCUCCAGACCAUCAACUACACAUCUGGCACCACUGGACUCCCCAAAGGUGUUGUCUUGACCCAUGCCAACGCCGUCGCUGCCGUGUCCGGCGGCAGGGCCUUCUCUACCGUUUCUCACGUCGACAUCCACCUGUCCUACCUGCCUCUGGCUCAUAUCUACGGCCGCAUGAUUGAUGCCAUUGCCCUGGCAGAAGGUGCCAGCAUCGGCUUCUUCCGUGGCGAUGUUCUCGGCCUCGUCGACGACAUGAAGAUUCUGCAGCCCACCGGCUUCAUCUCCGUGCCUCGCCUCUUCAACCGCUUCAACUCGGCUAUCAAGGUGGCCACGGUUCAGGCCGACGGCUUCAAGGGCGCUCUGUCUCGCCGCGCCAUCGACACCAAGAAGGCCUCGAUGAAGCUACCCGCUGGCAAGGCCCACAACACGCAUUUCCUCUACGACAAGAUCUGGACCCCCAAGGUCAGGGCUGCCGUCGGCCUCACCAAGGCUCACAGCAUGAUCAGCGGCAGUGCUCAGCUCGACCCGGAGGUCCAGGAGUUCCUCCGCGCCGCCUUCGGCAACAACUUCAUGCAGGGCUACGGUCUCACCGAGUCGUAUGCCGUGUCCUCUGUCCAGCACAAGACGGACUUCUCCACCGGUAACAUUGGCGCCCCUUGCUACUGCAACGAGAUCUGCCUCGAGUCCGUUCCCGACCUGGAGUACAACGUCACCGACAAGCCCAACCCUCGCGGCGAGCUUCUUCUUCGCGGACCCAACAUCUUCAAGGAGUACUACAAGAACCCCGAGGAGACGGCCAAGACCAUCGACGCCGACGGCUGGUUCCACACGGGCGACAUUGCCGAGGUCGACAGCCUCGGCCGCUUCAAGAUUGUCGACCGCAAGAAGAACGUCCUCAAGCUCUCCCAGGGCGAGUACAUCUCCCCCGAGCGCAUCGAGAACGUCUAUCUCGGCAGCUCCAGCCUUCUCGCCACGGCCUACGUCCACGGCGACCCCCAGCAGUCCACGCUCGUCGCCGUCUUUGGCAUCGACCCCGAGAACUUUGCGCCAUUUGCGAGCAAGCAGCUCAAGAAGACCAUUGACAAGACCGACACGGCCGCCCUCAAGGCCGCCGCGCAGGACCCCAAGGUCAAGAAGGCGCUGCUCGCCGAGAUUGACAAGAUUGGCCGCAACCACAAGUUCAACAGCUACGAGCGCGUGCGCGCCAUUCACCUGGCCAUCGACCCCUUCACGAUCGACAAUGAGCUCCUGACACCGACGCUCAAGCUCAAGAGACCGCAGACGGCCAGGGCCUUCCGCGCCGAGAUUGACCGCAUGUACGCCGAAGUUGAGGCCGAGACCUCGACUAAGGCCAAGCUGUAA